AGACGUCUUCUGAGUACAGGACUGUAAUUUGAAGACAGAACAGAAAGGAAAAGAAUUAAAACUGUACUGUGGAUGUUCAACAGAAGCUAAACAGGAGUUAAACUUACAGUAGAGAUGAAGAUUCGUGUGGUCCAGAUCUGGGGUUUCCUGAUGACAGUUUUGGGCUGGAUCUUCGUGGCCUGCACCAUGGCCAUGGAGGGCUGGAAGAUCACCUCAAUCGGGGGCAUGGGGGGCUCCUCCAUCAUCAAGGUGGCCUGGUACUGGUCCAGCCUGUGGAGAUCCUGUUUUACAGACUCAACUGCCGUCAGCAACUGCUACGACUUCCCCGUGCUCUGGUCUGUGGAGGGCUACAUCCAGAUAGUGCGAGGCCUGCUGAUGGCAGGUCUUUCCCUGGGCAUGCUGGGGUUUGUGCUCAGCCUGCUGGGGAUGGAGUGCACCUUCAUUGGGGGAAAAGACAGGUCGAAGUACAAGAAGAUCUACGCUGGCGGGUGGUGCCACAUAACCAGCGGUUUUCUGACCAUAUGUGGGUAUGCUGUUUAUGCACAAUACGUCUCCGUAGAUUACUUCAGCGCUACCUUUGAUGGACUAAAGUAUGACCUCGGCACCCCGCUGUUCCUCGGCUGGGUUGGCUCCGUCUUUCACAUGACUGGUGGUGUCUUCUACCUGUGGUCGGUGUGUAAGCCGCUCUGUGGAGGAGAGGAAACGGUAAUUCUUGUCCAGCCACAACCAGAUCUCGAGAAAAACAAGUCCACUACAGCUCUGUCCACAGUGUCUGAGAUCAGCUCCAAGACCAAAGUGUCCUCCAUUUCCGAGCUGUCGUCCAAGUCCGAGCGCUCAGACGUGUCUGGCAUUUCCUCGAGAUCAGAACGCACAUCCAGAUCUGGACGCACGGCCAAGUCAGGGCGGUCAUCGAAGACCGGGCGAACCAUCAGGUCUGCAGGGUCGAGGUCAGGAUCAGGGACGGAGACCAGCCUCUCGUCGAGGUCCAGCAUGUCAACGUUGUCCGGGUCGAGGAGCAGCAGCAGCAGCGGCAGCCGGACAGUUUCGUCGCUGUCAGGCAGUUCGAGGAGCGAGACGACACCAUUCCUCAAAAACUCGUAUAUCUGAAUAAAUGUCAGAUGUUAAUAAAUGUGAUGGACAGAUGUUAAUAAAUGUGAUGGACAGAUGUUAAUAAAUGUGAUGGACAGAUGACCUGAUGCUUUCUUAUUCAAUGUAUUACUCAACUGUGAACGCUAAUCCAGUGAUGUGUUUUAUAUUAAUAAAAAAUGACAAAUCCUUGUUUAAAA